AUGUCCGCGAUACUGUUGUCCGCGUUACUGUUCGCCGCAUUACUAGUCACUCCAGCGGUAGCCCAGGGGACAGAUGCGGCCUCCCCCGGCUGUACCGUCUCCGCGUCGGCGGUAUCCUGCCCGGCGGGACUUGGGGGCCGCGCUUUUGCGCUCAACGCGCAAGCUUACAUCGCGGGCGCAGGCCGAGAAAACGCGCUCGUCCUGGGCGCGGGCGGAACCGCGGAUAAGGGAUCCGCGGGUUCCGCAUUCACUAUCGCCGCGCUCUCGCCUCCGCUCGGUGGCGGAGGCUCCUUUUCGGCGCGCUUCACAUUCCAGCUGGAGGGGCAGAACGAGGCUGACGUGGCAACGGGGCUUGCUUUCGUCAUCAUUGGCGGAACCAAAACCGCUGUCGGAUCGCCUAGCUCUGCCGGCUACGGCGGCGCCGCCUUCGAUGCCAGCCUGGCAGUGGUGAUCAACGGCCGCCCGCCCAUCUCUGCCGGCCUGCUGCUGGGCGGCAAGGCGGACGGCACUGCCGGAUGGGCGGCUCUCAACCCCUCCGCGCCUGACGCACCCCAUCUCCUGGUCCCGGGGGUGCAGCAGCACGCCUGGGUGGACUACGACGCCUCUAGCACCACCCUCCGCCUCUUCCUCAGCGGCUCCUCCCCCACCAAGCCUGCAGCUCCGGUGCUCUCCGAGCCUGUCGACCUGGCUCGGACGCUCGGCUUGGCCGCAGACGGCAGCUGCCCAGAUGGCAUUGGCGAGGUGGCGGUGGGCGGCGGUGGUUGUCUGUUUGUGGGGUUUACGGGAGGGUCGGCAGCAGUGGAUACAGCUGAGCUGGCAGCAGCGGGAGUGGUCCCCGGAGGGGAGCUCAUCCAGACCGUUGACUCGUUUGACUUCAAAUUCCUCUCCGCUGGCGCUACAUCCGGCGCUACAGCGGGCGCUACAGCCGGUGCUACAGCUGAUACUGCCACUGCUACCUCUGCUGAUGCUACCAGCACCGAAUCUCGCCUCCCCCGCUCGGCAGAUAUCAGCAGUGCAACAGUAGCUUCUUUCGGAGCCACAGACCCCUCCGCUGCUGGCGGCGGUCUCUUCUCAGUCGCCUCUGUCGAUACCGGCUCUGGCACUGGUGGUCUCACUGGCACGUCCGCCGCUCCUGCCCCUGCCCCGUCCGCUUCCUCUUCCCCUGCCCCCUGCAACGUCACUGCCACCAGCAUCUCGUGUGCUGGUUUCUCCUCUUCUUCCUCCUCCUCGCCCUUCUUCGUCCUCUCUGGGGAUGCUCAGAUCGGGCCCGGACCGAACUUCCCCAUCUGGCUCGACACCACCACCAAUGCUGCAGGCUGCGCCUUCUCCAUCCCGAGCCUCAGCCGCCUCGGCACCGGACCGGUGGCGUUUGAGGCGGCGUUUUCGUUUUCGUUUGCGGCGAGUGCGGAUUACAACAGCUGGGGCAGUCGAGGGCUGGCGUUUGUGCUCACUGCCGGGGAGAAGACCGCCUGUGGCCGCAGCUCCGCCAGCAACAUAGGCUAUGGAUCAGCCCCCAACGCGUCGUUCGCAAAUAGCAUAGCAGUGGAGCUGAGAGCGCGGCCGACGGCGUGUGUGGCGGUGGUGGUGGGCGGGCAGGUGGCCGGCGACAACUGUGCCGACUCCGAUGCCAUGGCGCUGCUGCCGCCAGGGCAGGCGUUCACGCUGAACGAGCCGCAGCACGUGUGGGUGAGUUAUGACGGCAGCAGCGGCACGCUGCAGGUGUUUGUCUCCCCAGGCGCGGCCAGCAAGCCCUCGGCGCCCGUGCUGGUGGCGCCCAUCGAUGUGGCGGCGAUUCUGGGAAGCACGGCGGGGCUGUCGGUUGGCUUCACAGGCGCGUCGUGGUGGACGUGGGUGGACGACCUUGAAGACCACAUCAUCCACUCCCUGUCUUUUGAAGCUGUCCCCCCCGGGUCGCAGCAGUCCCUGCCACCCUCCCCUGCGCCCACCACGUGCCACCUCGCCCCCUCCCACACGCGUCUCACCUGCUCGGGCUUUGCGGGCCGCUCAGCCUUCCGCCUGAACGGCUAUGCCCACGUGGGGCCCGCCCCCUCCUUCCCCCUCGUCCUCGACACCGGCGGCACCGCUGGCAGCGCGCUCACCCUCGCUGACCUGGCGCUCUCGCUGGAUUCGUCCACGUCCGCAGUGACUGCAGGAGGAGACCCGCCGGCAGCAGCGGCAGCAGUGGCGUUUGAGGCGGCGUUUGCGUUCUCGGUGUGGACGGAGACGUCUUAUGGCUACCGGGGUAGCAGGGGUUUGACUUUUGUUGUUAGCAGCGGCGACAAGACUGCCUGCGGGUCGAGUGAUAUGGGAGCCAUAGGGUACGGGGGAGCGGCACCAGGGGCGUUCAACGGGAGUGUGGCGGUGGAGCUUCGGUCGGGGCCCACCUCGUGUGUGGCUGUGGUGGUGAAUGGCGUGGCUUCAGGCGACAACUGCGCUGCUGCUGACCACAUGACUGGCCUCACAGGAGACCAGGAGAUUGCACUGAGCGAGAGGCAGCACGCGUGGGUGGCAUACGACGGCACAUCCCAGUCACUGGAGGUCUAUCUGGGCGGCAGCGACGGCAUAAAGCCCGAGGAGCCGGUGCUGCGGGCAUCGCUUGAUCUUGUGGCUGUCAUUGGUGCCACGUCAGCAUCUGUGGGGUUCACAGCUGGCACGUGGUGGUGGGGAUGUGGCGACACGGACGACCACCACCUCAUCCAUUCCUUCGCAUUCAACACUGUGUCCCCCGGGUUCCUGCCGGCAGCACAGCCCACACAGGCGCCCACCUGCGAAACCACCGCCUCCUCUCUGCACUGCACUGGCUUCGCCGGCUCCACCCCCUUUGACCUCAACGGCUACGCGCAGCUCGGCCCGGCGCCGCACUUCCCGCUCUGGCUCGACUCGUACGAUUCUGUCGGCUCUGCGCUCUCCCUCGCGCCCCUCUCCCUCCUCACCGCUUCCGCCCGCUCCUCCGCCUUUGAAGCCGCCUUCUCCUUCACCUUCCUUGCUGAUGCCUGCGCUGCUAUCCCGGUGACGGGUAGAGGAUUCACCUUUGUGCUCACCAGCGGCCCAGCAACUGCUGUCGGACCACAAAACGCAAGUUCCCUGGGCUAUGGGUCAGCAGGAGGCGUGUUCCUCAAGAGUGUGGCAGUGGAGUUCCGCCUGUGCCCCGUACCCUGUAUAGCCGUCUCCUCUAAGGGAGUCGUGGCGGGAGACGGUUGUGCUGGAGCCGAGUUCUACACUGUUCUGCCCCCAGAGAAGGCCUUCCCACUCAACACCCAGCAGUACGCCUGGGUGAGCUACGAGGGGGCGUCUCAGACCCUCAACGUGUUCCUGGGGGGAUCGUCCAAGGUCAAGCCAGGUGUACCAACGCUCACUGCCCACGUGGACAUUGAAACCAUCCUCGGCGCCACGUCAGCGUCCGUGGGGUUCACAGGUGGCACGUGGUGGGGGCAGGACAUGGCGAGCGAACGACACAUCAUCCACCAGCUCAGCUUCGUGGGAGGAACUUUCCUGGAAACGACCAACGUAACGGCAGAGCUGACGAGCGCCUUUGCAUACUCCAACGAAACGGAUCUUUCCCUCUUCACCACCACCACACCCAUCACCACCACUCCCACCACCACCACCGACACCACCACCGCCACCACAACCACCGCCACCUCUUUCUCAUCUACCGAUGCUCUUGCCACCACCGGAACAGCCGGGGGGGCGGCGGUGCUGUCAGAGUUGUCUCCCGAUGCCACGCGCGGCACAGUGGAGUUCCGCUUCACCCCCACCACCGCCUCGGGGCCGCAGUCCUUUGUGGGGCGCCGCCGCAUCGUUGCUUCCCGCCCCGUGGUGCGAGCACACGUGUACGUGUCCAACAUGGAGGAUCGACCCAUGGCUGACGUGGCAGUGACAGCACGCAUCACCUACCCCAACGGCACCGACGCCUCGCACUGCUUCGUCUUCAGCGACCCACUGCUGCAGGGGAUUGACGACGUCAGCGGUGCAGGCACCCUCCCUCCUGCCACAUCAGCGGGCGUUGAUUGGCUGCUCCUCGCUCUGGACUGCGCCGCGCCUGCCACUCCCACCAACUUCAAGUUCGCCAGCACCCUGCACUACACCCUGCCUGCAUCAUCAUCCACGUCAUCUUCCACUGCAACUGCCACGUCAGCACCAGCAUCCGAACCAGCGCCAGUGGUUAAGAAGGUGGAGCUGACGAGUGUGCGAGUGACGGUGGUCCCUUCACCCAAGCUGCAAGUGCACUACUUUGUGCCCCGCCACGUGCAAGGAGACGACCUCACCACUCCUCAGGUGGAGGCACCAGUGCCAGUGACGCUAGCAGCACUCUUCCACAACUCGGGUCACGGCACAGCUGCUGCUGUCGCCACACAGUCACUGCUGCCCACUGCUGCCACCACCACCACCACCACUGCCGGCGCACCCGCCGCUGCUGACGUGGGCGCUACUACUACAACGGGUGACACGAGCAGUGCGGCAAUGAGUUUCAGCAUCACCAGCACAGUGCUGGGCAAUGAGCCGCAGCCGGCAUCGUUCUCUGUGAAGGUGGGCAGCAUCCCUCCAUCUGCUACAGCCAUGGUGCGCUGGACCAUAGAGGCCAGCCUCACAGGCACAUUCGAUACAGUCACCACCACCAACACCACCACCACCACCACCACCUCCUCCUCCCCGCUCACCGGCCUCUCCCCCAUUCUCGAGUCGGUUGACAUUCACAACCUCGUGCACGUCGUCUAUCUGCCCGACGCUGCUUCAGACGACGGGCUGCCGGAUUUCCUGGUGGAUGAUGAUGGGGACGAGCAGCCGGAGGCCAUCUACAGCAGCGCUGGUAACCACAUGCUGCCCGUAACCGCCGUGCCUUCCGCUGCUCUCGCGCCUGGCCGCCCGCUCUUCACCAGCGAAACCUGCGCCAAGCUCACUGUCGCUGUGGACUGGUCUGCCCUCGCACCAGCGGCAGCAGGGGGGUGGGCGCACAUGUCAUUUGCCUCGCAGCUGCCAUCACACUGCUGGAAUCUCACCGCUGCUCUCCGAUCCAACGGCUCUCAGCUGCCCAUGCCCUUCAACGCCUGGUCCUCCUUCUCCUCCUCCCCCGGUGCUCCCACUGGCACCGCUGCUGCCCCUGCCCCUGCCACUUCAACUUCCACCGCCCCUGCUUCUUCCCCCCUUGCUUCACUUUCUGCUGACACCACUCACAUUCUCGACUUUGUCUCCUCCCCCUCCUACACUCUCUUCUUCUCCUACUAUGAUCAGACCCUCUCCUUCCCCCACCUCUCCCCCUGUUUCCAGGCUCCCCCCAAGGCCUCCUCCAAACCCCUCUCCUCCCCCCCGUCCCCCUCCAAAUCCUUCUCCCCCUCCCCGCCCCCCUCCAAGCCCCCCCAAACCCCCUUCUCCUCCCCCUCGCCCUCCCCCCAAUCCCCUGAAACCUCCUCCCCCCCCUUCUCCUCCCCCUCGCCCUCCCCCGAACCCCCCACCAAAGCCCCCCUCACCACCGCCCCCCAAACCCCCGUCUCCCCCACCUCGCCCCCCGCCCAACCCUCCCCCGAACCCACCCCCUCCGAAGCCCCCAUCCCCUCCCCCUCGCCCUCCCCCACGCCCGCCCCCAAGUCCCCCACGCCCGCCCCCACCCCCCAGGCCUCCUUCCCCCCCGCCUCGCCCUCCCCCACGCCCGCCCCCGAGUCCCCCACGCCCGCCCCCACCCCCCAGGCCUCCUUCCCCCCCGCCUCGCCCUCCCCCACGCCCGCCCCCGAGUCCCCCACGCCCGCCCCCACCCCCCAGGCCUCCUUCCCCCCCGCCUCGCCCUCCCCCCCGCCCUCCCCCAAGCCCGCCCAAGGUUGUCUAGGACGCUCCGCUUACAUCGCCACGUCCAUUGGCAAAGGCAUCUGGGCUAUGGCGUUUGCUGAGAGUCACAAAUUCAGAUGUGUGACUCACCUUACGUCGAAGCGGCUUUUGAGUCGGGCAACACUAUGGAUGGAUGAGGGGCCUUGGAGAGAAGAGAACGCCACCUGCGCAAGGAUGGGUGGGGUGGGGUGGGACGGCAGGAUGGCAGACCCUCUCCUUCCCCCACCUCUCCCCCUGCUUCCAGGCAGUCAUGCCUCACCCUCCCUCCCCCCCCAAUCCUCCCCCUUCCCCUCCCCCUCGCCCGCCCCCCCGCCCCCCUCCAAGCCCCCCAAAGCCUCCCCCGAACCCAUCUCCUCCCCCGCGUCCCCCCCACAAUCCUUCUCCCCCUCCCCGCCCCCCUCCAAGGCCCCCGAAACCCCCUUCUCCUCCCCCUCGCCCUCCCUCGAAUCCCCCACCUCCUCCUCCCCCUUCUCCUCCCCCUCGCCCUCCCUCGAACCCCCCGCCAAACCACCCUCACCACCGCCCCCAAGCCCCCGUCUCCCCCACCCCGUCCCCCACCAAACCCUCCCCCAAACCCACCUCCCCCCAAGCCCCCAUCCCCUCCCCCUCGCCCUCCCCCACGCCCACCCCCAAGUCCCCCACUCCCGCCCCCACCUCCCAGGCCUCCUUCCCCACCUCCUCGCCCUCCCCCCCGUCCUCCCCCAAAGCCCUCCCAAGGUUGUCUAG